AUGCCUACAAUAAAUGAUAAUACUUUAAUUGAUCCGGAUUCGUUAACAAAAGCUCGUGAUAUUUUAGAAUUCGGUGCAUUUUAUUCUUUAAGAAGUCAAGAUAUUCCAGCCUUGGAAAGAUAUAUUGCACAACUUGGACCGUAUUAUAAUGAUUAUAAUUCAAUUUUACCUAUUUCUGAACGUAGAUAUCCGAUUAUUGGAUUAGAUUUAUUAAGAUUACUUUCUCAAAACAAGAUUGCUCAGUCCCAUACAGUCUUAGAAGGUUUAGUUAAAGAACAUGGACAAAAGAAUAUUGAUAUUCGUUGGUGA